AUGGAGGCGUUCUCUGCGUUUUUCGAUUCACAAUCGAGCUCAAGGAGCGGUUGGACCUACGAUUCACUCAAGAAUUUCCGCCAGAUUUCUCCUGCCGUUCAAACUCAUCUCAAGCAGGUUUAUCUCUCCCUGUGCUGUGCCUUGAUUGCAUCUGCUGCAGGAGCUUACCUGCAUCUUCUCUGGAAUAUUGGUGGCCUUCUUACUACUUUUGCAUGCUUUGGAAGCAUCAUAUGGCUACUCUCUGCACCUUCAUAUGAAGAGAAAAAGAGGGUUUCACUAUUGAUGGCUGUGGCCCUUUUUCAAGGAGCCUCUAUCGGUCCUUUGAUUGACUUGGCUAUUGAAAUUGACCCAAGCAUUCUUGUUAGUGCUUUUGUGGGAACUGCAGUGGCCUUUGGCUGUUUCUCUGCGGCUGCAAUGUUGGCAAGGCGCAGAGAGUACCUGUACUUGGGAGGGGUUCUUUCGUCUGGCCUCUCCAUCCUUUUCUGGUUGCACUUUGCCUCCUCGUUGUUUGGGGGAUCCACUGCCAUCUUUAAGUUUGAGUUGUAUUUUGGACUGUUGGUGUUUGUGGGCUACAUGGUAGUAGACACCCAGGACAUAAUAGAGAAAGCCCAUCUCGGGGAUCGGGACUAUGUGAAACAUUCUCUCCUCCUUUUCACUGAUUUUGCUGCAGUUUUUGUUCGAAUCCUGAUUAUCAUGUUGAAGAACUCGGCUGAAAAGAGUGAGAAGAAGAAGAAAAGGAGAAAUUGA